CCUGUCCUGUAGUCAUGUACUGUACCUACCUACCUACUACCUAGUUCUUUGCAACUUACUAUCAAUAUUCACUUUUUUACUCUCACCCCCCAACCCAACCCAACCUACCUACCUCCUCCUUACCCUUUUCACGGAAACAAAAAACACAAAAAAAUCAAAAGCCCUCUUUUUCCAUGACGACGGCAAUGAGGGUGACGUCGAAGUUGUAAAUAUUAAACUGCCCAAGUCGGCGGAAGUCACUCCUUUAAACAAUUAGCUUUACCCAUUGAGCGCUGUAGACGCAGCUGCAACAAAAAGGGCAACGCCAUGAACGACGCUGAGCCAUCACUCUUUCUGGCCAGACACGAGCAUGCAUAUGGGCAAUCUCAUCACAAUCAUUUAAAACAACACCAAAAAUUCCACAACAAACGUCAAACGACUGCCAUUGAAACGGCGACAGCUGAAGCUUCCGCCAUUACAGAGGUCUAUCAAACAAUAUCCGUCGUCCAACAGGUUGAUGUCGAUAGCGAUGGAUCGACGCUCGCGGUCCAGACCUUUCCAGCCAGUGACUACACGUCUUUGAAUAUACAGGCCGCUGCAACAACAACACCCUCGACUUCUUCGAGUACGAGUACAGAUAUCACUUCCACACUUUCUACAGAUCUCGGGGCUCAAGCUACAUCAUCUGGCCAAGCCGUCCUAUCGUUAUCAUCGAGCACUGAUGUGACUUCGACUUCGACUUCCACUCCUUCCACUAGCUUUUCUACUCUCACUCCUAAUUCUAAUUCAACUACAUUAAUUUCUGGCUCAAUUCCGAAUUCGACUCCAGUCUCAGUAUCGGUUUCGAUUUCAGGUACAUUUUCAAGUUCUACAACAUUAUUUUCCAAUGCAACUGCUUCUCCUUCAAUUUCCUCCUCAUCAUCCACAACAUCCACAUCAUCCACGUCGCUCACAACUAAUACUACCGCAAUUCCUUUUGCUGGUUCAACUUCGACAUCCUCAUUCGAAACUUUCGCAUCGACGAUAACAUCUUCGUUUUUAUCAUCAUCUCCGUUUCUUUCUUCGGCCGCAUCGUCAACGUCUUCGAUCUCAGACUCGAGCACAUCUUCGUCAUCAUCUUCGCCAUCUCAGACAGAUUCGACUAGCAGUAGUGUUUUCGUUGGUGGAGGUACAGGUACUGGUUCGGCAUCUGGAGGUAGUGGCGCUACAAAUACUGCCGUUGCUGGGAAUGGUAGUAGUGGUAAUGGAACAGAUAAUACUUCAACGCCAUCGACAUCCACGAUAGUUGGAGGUGUAGUUGGUGGAGUAGCUGGUCUUGCAGCAAUUUUGUUUCUUCUGAUGUUUGUAUCGAGAUGGAGGAAGAAGAAUGGUGGCAUGUUAUCUCUUGGAAGUGUGCCUGCUUCGGCGGUUGCAGGUGGUGGAAGCAGUAGAGGAGCUGGUGGGAAUGGCGUCGGCGAUUCGGCGAACCAAGCGCCAGGUUUCUCUAAUCAGGCUCCCCGUAGCAUGACAGAGCGUAGGUCACUCGCUAUGGCCGUACCUGUAGCGCUGGCCAGCCUCUCGAAAAAUAAGCGAUCUUCUCAAAACACAGCAACUAACACAAUCUCCUCAGCUGGCAGUGAAAGAGGCUUCUACAGAGUAUCUGGUAAGAAGCUUCCCUCUGUUUUACAACAUGGAGGUGACGGUUAUGCUGAACCAAACUCGAAUACAUUGAGCGGAUCUUCCUUCUAUCCCUCUGGAGUGCCUCCUAUCCCUAACUCGAAUACUUUGAGUGACACUUCUUUUUACCGAGAUUCUCAGGGAUUUUAUGGAGGACAACCAAGCCCACCUCUCGAACCCACAAAUAGAGACUCUGGAGUCCCAGUCAUGAGACCUAGUCCUGCGAGAACCCCCGUUACUGAACAUGGCCCGUUUGCAGAACCACCCGUAGCUACCCCGCCUAGGCCGGAUCUUCUGGGUCGCUCGCACCCCUCACAAGAUGGCUCCCAUCCCUCAAGAUUUACAGAAGAAGUCUGAAAUAAGAAUUCUCGGCACCCUUUCGGAGAAAUCCUGGGAGAUUAUUGGCAUGGAUAAAUGUGAAGGGUUUCGCUUUCUGGUAGUUGUUGUGCGGCUUCUUUUUGAAAUUACCUUUUUCGGUAGUCGUUGGAUACCUGCCACAACUCUGCAUUGGGUUUGGCGUUUUUUUCCUGAUUUGCAGGAUUUUUGAUACCAGUGAGCGCGUGGAGAUAUAUCUGAUUUGCUGCUUCUUACGUUAUGAUGCCUCUGGGCAAUAUUCAGGGGAGGGGGUAGUCGAUUUAGGAUAGCCAUUUCUCCUAAGAUCAGUACAUAACUGAUACUUGUUCUUUUCCUUGGAGUGAAGUAGAUGAUCUUAUUGGAUAAUAUAGGCGCCACUUUAUAGUAGCAGGCGAAUAGCUAGGUUACAAGAUCAGAGAGGAUGGAAUAAAAGAUAAUGUCUUUUUAUGUAUGAAACCCAGCGUGCCAUUUUGAAGCUUAGAUGCAUUGUGCAUGGUGACUUCCUUGGAUGUGACCAUUUGAAGAAUU